AUGCUGGUUCGCGAGGAGAAUGGCAAGCAAAACCCGGUUUAUUAUGUAAGCAAGAUGCUACAAGGGGCAGAAAAGAAAUACAUCCAGAUCGAGAAGCUAGCAUUGGCUUUGGUGAUCACAACAAGAAAACUGCAACCUUAUUUCCAAUCCCACCCCAUUGUUGUAUUGACUAAUCAUCCUUUGAAGCAGGUUAUGUCCAAGCCGGAUACAUCUGGUAGGAUGAUCAAAUGGGCAGUGGAGUUAGGAGAGUUCGAUAUCGAGUUUCAGACAAGGAAUGCGAUAAAGGCGCAAGUGUUUGCUGACUUCCUGGUCGAGUUCGAGGGAGAACAACCAGAGAAAGAGGAGCGGUGGCUCUUACAUGUAGAUGGAUCCUCGACCUCAAAAAAUGGAGUGGCCGGCAUUUACUUGCAAGGACCGGAUGGAGUUGAGAUCGAGAUCGCGGUGAGGUUAAAUUUCCCAGCCACAAACAAUGAAGCCGAAUACGAGGCUCUGAUUCAAGGAUUGCAGAUAACACUAGACAGAGGAAUAAGGCAAGUAGACGUAUAUACGGACUCACAACUUGUCGCGAUGCAGGUACAAGCUACUUAUGAAAUGUGCGAGUGGUCCAUGACACAAUACUUGGCAAGGGUGAAGGAUAUGAUGAAGAAGUCUGAUCGAUGUACGAUCAUUCAGAUUCCGAGGGAUGAAAACAUGCGAGCAGAUGCCCUGUCCAGAUUUGGAUCGUUGGUUGAAGGAAUUAAGGAGAGAAAGAUCACGGUCAUGGUAAAAUCUAAACCAAUAAUAGAUGAAGCAGAGGUUCACGUGGUUGAGACGGCUGAUUCAUGGAAAACACCCUUUGUUCGAUAUUUGAAGCACGGGGAACUACCCAGUGAUGCGAUCACUGCCAAAAGACUACAGUUUAAGGCAAACCGUUUUACCAUGAUUGGUGACGAUCUCUACAAAAGAACUCCGGAGGGUAUUUUAUUGAAGUGCCUGGACGCGGAGAGGGCACAAUACGUUAUGAAAGAGAUACAUGAAGGCAGUUGCGGAAAUCAUUCGGGAGGAAGAUCUUUGGCUCAAAAAAUCAUAAGGCAAGGUUAUUUCUGGCCUACGAUCGUGGAGGAUUCGCUAGAAAAUGCAAAAGUUGCCAGAAGUACGCCGGACUGUUGUAUUCUCCUGCGACCCCGCUGGAGCCUUUGA